AUGGUUGCUGGAAGGAAUGAUGAUGUGCUUACGGCGGCAUUGACCUUGUUAGCUGGUGCCAUUCCGCAAAUGAAUGUUGGUGAUCGGGAGCGUGAUGCUGAUGAGUUUUGUGCUUUGGGGAAGUUCCAGAGGAACAAUCCACCAACUUUUGAAGGAGCUCAUGAACCUGACAAAGCUCAAGAGUGGUUGAAGGCGAUUGAGAAAAUAUUUCGAGUUAUAAACUGUCCAGAUGCGCAGAAGGUGCAGUUUGGCACUCAUAUGCUUGAGAAAGAAGUUGAGGAUUGGUGGCGCAACACUGUUCAGAGAUUUGAUGAGGAUGGCAUUGAAGAACUGGAAUUCCUUGAGUUGAAGCAAGGUAAUGGUACCGUAGCUGAGUAUGCUGCAAAGUUUGAGGAGCUGGUCAAAUUGUGUCCCCAUUACAAUACUGCUAAUGCUGAGAGAUCCAAGUGUCUUAAGUUUGUGAAUGGAUUGAGACCUGAUAUCAAGAAGGCAAUGGGUUACCAACAGAUUACGAGAUUUUUUGAGUUGGUUAACAAGAGUAGGAUCUAUGAUGAGGAUAGACGUGAGAGUGCUGCUCAUUACAAGUCCUUACAGGAUAAGAAAGGAAAAGGGAAAUUCCGAGGGAAGCUGUAUGAUGGUAAGAAGAAAGCUGGUGAUGGUAAGAAGUCGAGUGUGAGAGGAUCUCACACUCCUGUCAAGUGCUUCAGAUGUGGUGUUGGGGGACAUCGUGCUCCCGAGUGUCCUAAGGGCGAUGUGACUUGUUUCAAGUGUGGCAAGCAAGGUCAUAAAUCUUUUGAUUGCAGAGUUGGUUCGAAUGUGACUUGCUACAAUUGUGGUGAGCAAGGGCACAUUAGUAGCAAGUACAACAAGCCGAAUAAGGAGCAAGCCAAAGGGAAAGUGUUUGCAUUGUCCGAUUCUGAUACUUCUGCUGAGGAGAGAUUGAUUCGAGGUACGUGCUUUAUUAAUAAUAUGCCUUUGAUUGCUAUUAUUGAUACUGGUGCGACACAUUCUUUUAUUUAUUUGAAUUGUGCUAAGAGAUUGAAUCUUGAAUUAUCUGUUAUACAUAGAAGCAUGGUUACUGAUACUCCGGUUAUGGGUUUAGUGACUACUUCAUCUGUUUGUUUGAAAUGUCCGUUGAAUAUUUGUGAUAAAGAUUUUGAAGUCGAUUUAGUGUGUCUUCCAUUGAGUCAACUUGAGGUUAUUUUGGGAAUGGACUGGUUGAGGGCCAACCAUGUCUAUAUCAAUUAUUUUGCGAAAGCUGUUUUUUUUUCUUGA